AGAUCAGGUUUCUCCUCUAUAACUCGGUCUUUAAAAUCUUGUGCGGCAAGAACACAUUGAUUGAUGAGAAGCGCGCAAAACGAUACCUAGCAGUAGAGUUUCUUGGAUUCUUCCAAAACAUCAGGGGAAGAAUGUGAUAUCUUUGAACCUUCCUUUACUAUUAUUGCAUGCAGAGAGCUCUCCUGUUUCCAAAUACCUUCCGAUGUUCCAUAAUCUUUGUUUCCAACUUCUUCAUCAGUCAGUCUCCUUCCGUCUUCCAAAUAAAAGAAACCCCAACGGCCCUUUAUUUGAUCUGGUCUAAUCCGGUUAAAUUAGCUUUAGACGGUUAAUUUAUUACCGGUUAACCCACCCUUUGUCACCACCGCUUCUGUCUAGACGACGACGACGAUGAUGAAACGCAUUAAUGUCAGUCUUCGUCUCCGCCACUUUCCGGAACUAAAAAAAUAUCACACCCAAAAAGUUGCUUUUUCUCCAACUAAACCGGAAUUCGAACCGAAAUCUUCACCACAUGGAACAUCUGUUGACGACAUCCUGCUGGGUCAGGUACUGGAUCAAAAAACCCUGAGAACAGUCCACUCCAGAAUCAUUCUUCAAAAUCUACGCUGCGACUCGGCUCUAGGCGUUAAACUCAUUAAAUCUUAUUCAGCUCUAAACGAUGUGGUGUCAGCACGCAAGGUGUUCGACGAAAUUCCCGAGAGAAACGUAAUCAUCCUUAACGUCAUGAUCAGAAGCUAUGUGAAUAACGGGCUUUACCGCGAAGGUAUUCAAGUGUUUGGGACGAUGUGUGGCUUUGAUGUUAGACCCGACCAUUACACUUUCCCUUGUGUUCUAAAGGCCUGUUCUUGCUCUGGGAAUAUUGUCAUUGGCAAGAAGAUCCAUGGGUCCGCUACAAGAGUCGGGCUCUCUUCUACUUUGUUUACUGGGAAUGGUUUAGUUUCUAUGUAUGGAAAGUGUGGAUUUUUAUCUGAAGCAAGGCUUGUGCUCGACGACAUGUCAAGGAGAGAUGUUGUCUCUUGGAACUCGUUAGUUGCUGGUUAUGCGCAGAACCAGAUAUUUGAUGAUGCUUUAGAGGUUUGUAGGGAGAUGGAGUCUGUGAAGAUAAGCCACGACGCUGGCACGAUGGCUAGUCUGUUACCAGCAGUGACCAAUACAACAAGGGAUAAUGUUAUGUAUGUUAGAGAUAUGUUUUUGAAGAUGGGGAAGAAGAGUUUGGUUUCAUGGAAUGUGAUGAUAGGUGUGUAUAUGAAAAACGCGAUGCCUGUUGAAGCCGUGGAGUUGUAUUCCCGAAUGAUGGAAGCUGAUGGGAUCGAACCCGAUUCAGUCUCAAUCACAAGUGUAUUACCUGCUUGCGGAGAUACAUCUGCUCUGUCUCUUGGUAAGAAAAUCCAUGAAUACGUCCAGAGGAAGAAGCUGAUACCGAAUCUGUUGGUAGAGAACGCGUUGAUUGACAUGUACGCAAAAUGUGGAUGCCUAGACAGAGCAAGAGAUGUGUUUGAGAAUAUGAAAUCUCGUGACGUUGUGUCUUGGACAGCUAUGAUUUCAGCUUAUGGAGUCAGCGGAAAAGGCCGUGACGCUGUGGCAUUGUUUUCUAAAAUGCAAGACUCGGGUCUCGUCCCUGAUUCUAUUGCCUUUGUCACAACGCUAGCUGCUUGUAGCCACGCGGGGUUGCUAGAAGAAGGUCGGAGUUAUUUCAAACUCAUGACAGACCAUUACAAGAUCACUCCUAGGUUAGAGCAUUUAGCUUGUAUGGUGGAUAUUCUUGGCCGAGCAGGGAAAGUGAAAGAAGCUUAUAGCUUUAUACAAGAAAUGUCGAUGGAACCAAACGAGAGAGUUUGGGGAGCGUUAUUAGGAGCUUGUCGGGUGCAUUCUGAUACAGACAUCGGUCUGCUAGCAGCUGAUAAGCUAUUUCAGUUAGCACCCGAGCAAUCUGGCUACUACGUGUUGCUUUCUAACAUCUACGCAAAGGCUGGAAGAUGGGAAGAGGUAACAAAGGUCAGAGACAUAAUGAAGAGCAAGGGGUUAAAGAAGAAUCCUGGAGCGAGCAACGUGGAGGUCAAUGGAGACAUUCACGCAUUCUUAGUAGGCGACAGGUCACACCCGCAAUCCGAUGAGAUUUACAGAGAGCUGGAUGUUCUAGUGACGAAAAUGAAAGAGUUAGGGUAUGUUCCUGAUUCGGAAUCGGCGCUUCACGAUGUGGAAGAAGAAGAUAAAGAGACGCAUUUGGCUGUUCAUAGUGAGAAGUUAGCAAUUGUGUUUGCUCUGAUGAACACAGAGGAAGGAGAAGAAGAUAACAAUGCCAUAAGAAUAACGAAGAACCUUAGGAUUUGUGGAGAUUGUCAUGUUGCAGCAAAGCUUAUCUCUCAGAUAACUUCACGCGAGAUUAUCAUCCGAGACACUAAUAGGUUUCAUGUGUUCCGGUUUGGUGUUUGCUCUUGUGGUGACUAUUGGUGAAAUCUAAACUAUUAAAUCAGAAGUACAAAUUGUAUUUAGCCAUGAGUUUUUCCUAAUAUUUACAAUGU